GUUUUAGUUUCAACUUGAACAGCAAAAGGAAAGGAAGAAACCUUCAAGCGAUAGGUUCUUUUUCGGUCGCAACGAUGGUCAAGCAAAUAACGGCGUCUUGGAACGUGUCAAUAUGCGUAUUUCCGGAUGUCGCGCACCGCGGUCCGAGCGAAUCUAGGCUCAGCGUGCCAUCUUCGGCUGUGUUGAGUGCGGGGUGCAUCCAACCAGUGCAUCGUACAACGUGUCAUUACUAGUAAAAGAGGUUCGAAUCGCGCACUCGUCUAGUAAAUAUAGAUGUUGUAAUAGGUGCAGUGAACGUAAGCGUGAUCGGUCGUCGUCGUCGUCGACAUCGGUUCAUACUCCAGCUGAGCGUGUUUACUCACACAAACUCUCACGCGUCAGACCGGGCGUGCGACUCGAGUUAAGUCGCGAUUUUCUUCUAUUAUUUUUUUUCUUGCUUUCCGCUUAGUUUUCAUUUGGAGCUCCACUUAUUAGUUGGUUUCAAGUUCAAUCGACUAGAAGCGCGGCUCGGUGUCUUCCGAACUAAAACUCAUAGUUAUCAGUGUGAUUACGGUGACAUAAAAUUUCGUGGUGUGCCUGGAGGAGUGACCGCGCGAAUAAGAACGUGUUCAUAAGUUCACCAUCCUUACUCUCUGUCUGCUAUCGUAUUUCUGGCUCAUCAUAUUCUCUCGCAUCUGUACAUUCCGGCUUGAAUCUUCGCUGUUCUUGUGCCGUUUUUGAUUGUGUGCCCAAGUUUGUUUUUGUUUACAAAUGUUUUAUUCGAGUGGAGUAAUUCGACACGUUACGCUUACAUAACUAUUAAAAGAGUUCCUCAAACGAUCGUCAUUGUUCCGUGCGUGAAUGACGAGUUCCAAUAGAGUCAGUGUUUGUGUACGCCGCAGUGGUCAAUGGAAUAGGGCCUUAGCUCAAAACUUAUCGAAUCAGUGAUAACAAAAAUUGAAGCGGAAAACUAAAUUCCAAUCCAUCGAAGCGUUGCGACUGCUUGCGACACGAGUGCAAUAGAAGCGAUAGAGAGAGGGCGAGUAUCCCUCCAUCAAUAGUGAAGUUAACGUACUGCGAAAAAUAUCAAUCUUCGAUAAUUAAAAGCAAGCAAAGGCAACAACACAAAAACGAGGAAGCAGAAAUCACAAAAUUGAAUGGAAGUUUAUGUGUGCAGAAUUUAAAGCAGUUUUUCUAUGAAUCGUCGAUUGAAAGUGAAGUGAAGUGAUACACCUUUGCAGUUGAAUGGUAAAAGCAAUAUAAUUAAUUAAACUUCAGUUUGAAGAGCUUCGACCGCGCGCGCUGCCCCUUCCCCCAACAUCGCGGUAUUGUCGUUUCGUCCUGAAAUCGUAAAGUUUUGCGGAUAUUCCGGUACGCCCGCCACCUCCUCUGACGGUUAUUAGAGUUAUUGGAUUCUGCUUUUGUGCCGGCAGGAGCGACGAUUGGUUCGCAGUUCCAGUAGCAGCGCGUCGUCACCGCGUCCGUAGCACAGCCAGCGACAAAUCGGAUCAGUGGAUUGGAAUGUCAUUGAAGAAAGAAACCUUAUCAGAUGUACAGCUGCACUUGGCUGCAUUACGUGGAGACGAAAUGUUGCUGAAACGCGUAUUGGAUAGCGGCAAGGUGCAUGUGGACUGUCGUGACGAGGACUACACAACGCCACUAAUUUUGGCUGCUGCAGGAGGACACACCGCCUGCGUUAUAGAACUGCUGGAGCAAGGAGCGGAUCCCAAUGCAAGACGAGUUACUGGAACAACGGCUCUUUUCUUCGCCGCCCAGGGCGGCUUUGUCGACGUCGCCAGGAUAUUGCUGAAGUCCGGUGCACCAGUGGACUGCUCCUCGGUUGACGGUGGUACGCCACUGUUCGUCGCCUGUCAGGGCGGUCACGAGAACAUGGUUAGCGAGUUGCUCAGCUACGGGGCCAACGUUCAUGCCUGCAUGAAGGAUCGAGCAACGCCACUCUUUAUCGCGGCCCAAAAUGGCCACAAUGCAGUUUUGAAGCUUCUGUUGGCCGCCGGUGCUCACCCGGACACCCCCCGAAACGACGGAGCCACGCCGCUAUGGAUUGCCUCUCAGAUGGGUCACGACCACAUCGUUAAAAUGCUCCUCCUGCAUGGCGCCUGUGUGGAUGCUGUUCGUUGCGAUGGUGCCACGGCACUCUUCAAAGCCGCCCACAAGGGACACAGUUCGGUGGUCCACGAGCUGCUAAAAUAUCGUCCCAAUCUCGGUUUGAUUCCGAACGGUGAGUCCGCACUGCACGCAGCCGCCCUGUUCGGUCAUCUGCCGAUCGUGAAGCAACUGAUUGCUGCCGGCGCUGAAGUUUCCCUCAAAAACCAAGAAGGGCUAUCACCUCUACAGAUCGCCCGUCAGCAAAAGUAUCACUCCGUCUAUCAGUAUCUGAAGGAGCGCGAGCACUACCUGCGUCAUCAGAGCGCCGCCGUGGGUGGCGGCGGUGGAAAGGGGCUUGUUACUGCUGUCUCGAGCACGGGAAAAACAAGCGGAAGUAGCGUGGUCGCGAUCACAAGCUAGGCGAGGGAGUCCGUUGCCGAAAGUGGCAACAGUAAUAACAAUAACAACAACAAUGCUAGUUGAGAAAAGUAAAAUUUGUUAAUUUUGGAGUUUGUUAUUAGUGCAAUCCGUCUGCCUGGUCCCGGUCCAGCCGUCAUCGCUGUUCAGCCCAGUCAGUCUCACGAGUCGAAAUAAUGUCGUUAAAGCGGUUUAUAACGUGUUUUCUAAGAUUGUUUGCCUUUCUCGAUCGCCACGCAUGUUUCGCUUUGCCAUUGUGCUGCUACAGUUUGUAGAUGAUCGUCGUUGUGUAUAAUUUAUUCAGUGCAACAGAUUAGAAAUUAGACUAACAAAUUAGAGAUGUAUAGCGGUGAAACAAAAAAAAUAUACGCGGAGGAAUUUCUUUCGCAUCAGGCUCUGUGUGUGUCAUGAUUGAGAUGUGGCACAAAGUGGAGAUUUGUUUUUUUGCUCAAAUCAAAUCAAUAAUAAGCCAAGUGCUGCUAUAGACAUAAUCUUAGACUUUGGCAGAUUAGGUUAGAUCGUUGGUAUAGACGCAAAAGAGAAAACGGCUGUCGGUGUACGAAGGCUGCAGCCACCGGUUGGUAUCAUUGAUGAAAGUUAUGAAGCGUGUGGGUAAAAUACAAUCGAGAAAUAUUGAAGUGAAAUCAUAAUCUUAAUCAAAUGUCAAAACAUUUAAUUAUUGAUUAACAAAUGAGAUGCAAGGGCAGAUCGUUAAUUUGUCAGUGAACGUGGGCAUUUGUCAAUGAGAGAAAUCAGGAUGGUAUGUACUUGGGCAUAGAAAAAUGGUUUGGAUUUGGUUUGAUUUCCGGGACUAUGAUAGACAAUACUUCGAAUAAAUUUAAUAUGGAUUUUACCGUACCACUCACAAAUUAGCUUACGCUUUAGGGGUAGGGAAGGAGUCAAGUCAAGCUUUACGAUUCAUACAAAACAAAAACGAUCCGUAUAAAAGCGUUACGAGGGGGUGGAGAGGGUCUAAAAUGGUCAAUUUGUUUGUUACGUAAUUUGUGAACUGCCCCUAAUUUGUGAAAAAUUAUUGAAGAUUUUGAUUUGCGCUUUAUUUUUUUUUUCAACGCCUUAUUGGGAAGUAUUAUUUCAAUGAAUCUUAAUAGCAAAUCUGAAGAAAACGGGUACGCUAAAACUCUUCGGAUUAACGACUAGAACAGCUUUUGUUUGACAAAAUUCCGUUCAAAAUGAUGAAAAAUCAAAUCAACUGGGGGGCUAGGGGGGUGCUAUAGCCCUAUGGUUCCAUGCUGAUGCAAUGCUGAUUGAAAUAAUAGAAGCAACAGACUUAGAAAACAAAUAAAAUUUCUAAAAUUUUGAUUGGAUAAAGAAAGUUCUAAUGGCAUACUGAACUGUCUAUAUGGUCUUAAUAAUGACACAGGAUAAAUAUUGACACAGACAAAUUGUUUAAGAAACACAGGAUGCUUAGCUUAUCGGUAUAUUUCUUAAAAAUCCUGAUUUAAAAUUGGUUUUCUCAGCAAGUAUUUAAUCUUUAAAUAUUUUAAAGUUUUCACACAGUUUUGCGAGUAUAUUUAAUUAAACCUAGCGUGUUCAUAGUUCUUAAAGAUGCAUGGCCUUUCUGAAAGAAUUAUCAAGAGAAUCCUUCCAAAAAAGAGAGCCAAAUACUGCGUAUCAUAUGUCUUUAUCGCUCCAGAUAUU